AGAGGAGCAGGGAAAAUAUGGAGCACAGCCAAGUUUUGCUGUCAGCAUUGAGCAUAGGGCUUGGUGUAGGAGCAGGGCUUGGAUUAAGUUCAAGGCUUGAAUGGAAUGUUAGCUCAAGUGAAGAGCUUUGGAACGAGCAGGUUGAGCAAGAGCUUCUCAGAAAUGUGAUUGACGGCCAGGAAUGCAAGGAAACUUUUCAAGACUUUCCUUAUUACUUAAGUAAAACAACGCGGGAGUUAUUGAUGAAUGCUGCAUUUGUUCAUCUAAAACAACUUCAUUUCUCUAGACACAUCCAAAACCUUCCACCAGCAAGUAGGGAAAUUAUACUUUCUGGACCUGAAGAACUUUACAUGCAAACAAUUGCCAAGGCUUUAGCCCAUCACUUCCAAUCAAAGUUGCUGCUGCUAGAUAUUUUUGACUUCACCUUGAAGAUAAAGAGAAAAUAUGGAUGUGCAAGAAAAAGAAAAGAACCAUCUUUUAAAAGGUCCUUGUCUGAUGGCUUCCAGAGAUUGCACAGUUUGUUUGGUUUCUUUUUAACUAGCAAAACAGAAGCUCCCUUUGAGAACAAAAGCAACAUGUGCAUUGAUGAAAAUCUCUUCAUCAAGUUGCUUUAUAAGGUCCUGGUUUCUGUCUCAGAAAAAAGUUCCAUCAUAUUGUACAUCAAGAAUGUUCAUAUGUUCCUCCAAUCAGAACAAUUAUAUAAUUUGUUUCGUGAAACUAUAAAGAAACUUUCAGGGCCAAUUUUGAUACUUGGUUCCCAAGUCAUUGAUGUUGGCAAUGGAAUACAAUAUGAGUGUUUACAACAUUACAUUUCUGAAGAUGAUAAAAGGCUCGCUGCAUUAUUCCCUUACAAGAUUAGGAUCAAAUAUCCAAAAGAUAAGAAUAACCUUCAAAAUUUGAAAACUCAACUAGUGGAAAACAAGAAAACAAUUCAGUCUCAAGAUAACCAAAAUCACAUUGCUAAAGUAUUGGCAAAAAAUGAUGUUGAAUGUAAAGACUUGAAUUUAAUCAGCUAUAAGGAAACUGAGAUACUAAGCAAACAUAUUGAAGAGAUCGUUGUAUCUGCAAUAUCUCACUACUUGAUGAAUACCAAGGAUCCAGAAUAUGUGAACGGAAAGCUUGUAAUAUCCUAUGAAAGUUUAUGCCACGGUUUGGAUGUAUUCUGCAAAAGUGGAAGUGUCAAGGGUACUAAAAAGCAAGAGGCUGAUAGAAAGGAAGAUGUUUGUUCGGAUAAUGAGUAUGAAGAGAACAUAAGAUCAGAGCUUAUACCUGCAAAAGAGAUAGGAGUUACAUUCUCAGAUAUUGGUGCAUUAGAUGAAAUUAAGGAAUCACUCCAAGAGCUUAUCAUGCUUCCCCUUAGAAGACCAGACCUCUUCAAAGGUGGACUUCUUAAGCCAUGCCAAGGUAUAUUGUUGUUUGGACCUCCAGGUACUGGAAAAACAAUGCUUGCAAAGGCAAUUGCAAAUGAAGCAGGAGCAAGUUUCAUCAAUGUAUCAAUGUCUACAAUAACAUCAAUGUGGUUUGGAGAAGCUGAGAAGAAUGUCCGAGCUUUAUUUUCACUAGCUUUAAAGGUUUCUCCAACUAUUAUUUUCAUUGAUGAGGUUGAUAGCUUGCUUGGGCAACGAUCAAGAUGUCUAGAACAUGAGGUUACAAGGAGGAUUAAGAAUGAAUUCAUGACACAUUGGGAUGGUUUAUUAACAAAACAAGAUGAGCGAAUUCUAGUUCUUGCUGCAACUAACAGGCCAUUUGACCUUGAUGAUGCAAUUAUAAGACGGUUUCAGAGAAGAAUCAUGGUUGGUCUUCCAUCAGUUGGGGCAAGGGAGAUUAUCUUGAAGACUCUGCUAGCUAAGGAAAAUAUUGAAAAUUUAGACUUUACAAAGCUCGCACUCAUGACAGAGGGAUAUACUGGAAGUGAUAUCAAGAAUUUGUGCACUACUGCUGCUUAUCGGCCUGUUAGGGAGCUAAUAAAGCAGGAGAGAUUGAAGAAUAUGGAAAAAAAUAAAAAAGAGGCUGAAGGCCAAGGCUCAAAAUCUGCUUCAAGUACCAAAGAGGAUAAAGAAGAGCCUGAAAAGAAUAAGAAAGAGGCUGGAGAACAAAGCUCAAAAGCUACUUCAAGUACCAAAACGGAUCAAGAAGAUCAUGGAAAGAAUAAGAAAGAGAUUGAAGAACAACGCUCAGAAGCUGCUUCAAUUGCUAACGAGGAUAAAGUGGAGCCAAAAAUUACCUUGAGGCCUAUAAACAUGGAAGACAUGAUUUUGGCUAAGAACCAGGUUCCUGCAAGUUUUGAUGCUGAUGGAGAAAUAUUGCGUGAGCUGAAGCAUUGGAAUAAGCUAUAUGGAGAACGAGAACAUUGUGAUUUCGAGCCUAUGCUUGGAGGGCUAUUAUAAGACACUCACUAUUUGAGACUCAAUAAUGAAAG